AUGGCCAGCGCUCAGCUCACAGCAAUAGCGUCUUCAGUCUCUACAACCUCGUUUGAAAGGCUUCGGCCUUCUGCGUUUCAGACGGGCCGUGUGAGGAUUGGGAAUCUCCCCCAAAGGUCCUUCCGGGGUUUGGUUGUCAAAGCAGCCACUGUUGUUGCUCCUAAGUACACUGCAGUGAAGCCUCUGGGUGACAGAGUACUGAUAAAAGUUAAGGAAGCGGAGGAGAAAACUGAGGGUGGGAUUUUACUUCCCUCAACUGCUCAGACGAAGCCUCAAGGGGGUGAAGUGGUUGCUGUUGGUGAAGGAAAGACAGUUGGGAAGAAGAAUGUGGAUGUUAGUGUGAAGACUGGUGCGCAAGUUGUGUAUUCAAAAUACGCUGGUACUGAGGUGGAAUUCAAUGGUACAAAGCAUCUUAUUGUGAAGGAUGAUGACAUUGUUGGUAUUCUAGAAACUGAUGACAUCAAGGAUCUUAAACCCUUGAAUGAUAGAGUCCUCAUAAAGGUUGCUGAAGCUGAGGAAAAAACUGCUGGUGGUUUGUUGCUUACAGAGGCAACGAAGGAGAAACCUUCGAUUGGGACAGUUAUAGCAGUUGGUCCAGGGCAUUUGGACGAGGAAGGCAACAGAAAACCAUUGUCAGUGACUCCAGGAAACACAGUUUUGUACUCCAAAUAUGCUGGAAAUGAUUUUAAGGGCAAAGAUGGUGACUAUAUUACCUUGAGGGUCUCAGAUGUCAUGGCUGUCCUCUCCUAG